AUGAAGGCAGUCUUUGCGAUCUCGUCGUUGGUUGGGCUGAGUGCCGGUUGGGCGUUUGUUGCAGAGCAACCAGGCGUGGAUCAUUACCUUUUGAAGAGGCAGCAGACUCCGGCACCCGGUCAACCCGGAGGUGCGGAUACUUGUCCGUUCAAUCCGGACCACAAGGACGCGGUCCCGGUCAAUGACAAAUUUCCGUAUAAUUAUGCCAAAAACGGUCUUCCUGGAAGGGGGCUCGGAGGCUACCUCGUUCCAGCGAUCGGUGACGAAGACCACAAGUACAUUGCCCCGAAGUCGACGGAUAUUCGUGGGCCAUGUCCUGGCUUGAACGCUGCUGCAAAUCAUGGUUUCAUUGCUCGUGAUGGUAUUACUAAAUAUACCGAACUCAUCGAUGCCGUACAGAAUGCCUACAACAUGGGCUACGACCUCGCCAACUUCCUCGCUGCUAUCUCCAUCUACAUCGCUGAUGGUGAUCUCGUCACCUCCAAGCUCUCUAUCGGCUGUGACGCCACAACUCGAACUUCCGUCAACCCGGCCCUGACCGGCAGCCAACCGGGUCUCGAUGGGCACAACAAAUUCGAGGCUGACACCUCGCUCACGCGCAACGACUACUUCCUCGGCAACGGCGACAACUUCAGCUUCAACGGCACGCUGUUCGGCCAGAUGGUCAACACGACAGGCGGCUAUUUCGACGCCUACGGCAUGGCGAAAGUGCGCUACAACCGCUACGUCGACAGCCGCACACGCAACCCACAGUUUUCCUUUGGUCCUCUCGCCAUCUUCACCCAUGGCGCCGCCUCGUUCGUCUACGAGAUGUUCCCCAGCGGCACCGAGGACUACAGACCCACGCUCGCGAACACUGCCGCAUUCUUCGGAGCAAAGAAAGAGCGCGACGGCUCCUGGAGCCAUAUCCCAGAGCGCAUCCCCGACAACUGGACGACGCGCGCCACGCCCUACACCUUCCUCGAUGUCGCAGCGCAGACCUUCAAGCUGUACACGCAGUACCCGGUGGGCUUCGGGGGCAACGUCAACGGGCAGUUUGUCGGGCUGGACUUCCCGCCUUACAUCAAGGGCGGCAACUUCACCGGCACGGGGCCGAGUGACUUUGCCUGUUUAUUCUAUCAACUGAUUGCAGGUCCGAUUCCCAGUAGUCUGAAUGGCAUUGUCACGCCGACUGUGGAGGCGUUGGCUGCGGCGUUGAAGGCGAUCGAUGGGCCGCAGUGGGAGAAUUUGGGGUGUAAGAUUCCGGUUACGAAGUGA